GCUAAAAAGCUCUGGCGUAGUCGGUGCGAUACCGAUAGAUGAGAAGAAAUGUUGGGGAAACUAAAUAUUGCACUUGAUCACUUCAAGCACAAACUAGAGCAGUUACAGCAAACUGCAGCGGCGGUGGCGUGCAGAGCGCGGUUGUGCGAUCUAUUUUAAGCCGACCCUGGGAGCCUUAAACCGUUUUCGAUGCUCUCGCAAUUCCAAGAGCAGAGGUGUAGAUAUUCGAAGUAUUCGCGCGGGCCUCGUGCGUGUUUCAGGUGAAGCGAGCAAUGGAUAUACACAGCAAGAUAAGGCGACGUCGGCACGUCAGAAUCAUUACAGUUGGAAACGUAGAAGCCGGAAAGACCAGCAUAAUCAGGCGGUAUUGCGAAGGAAGAUUUUCUUCGAAGUACCAACCAACAGUAGGAGUAGACUAUGGAACAACCAGGGUUUCUAUUGACGGCAUCGAAGUUAUGGCGAACAUAUUCGACCUCUCUGGACAUCCUGUAUUCAAAAUAGUACGUAUGGAAUUCUACUCAAACAUUGAUGCUGUUCUCCUUGUGUAUGACAUCAGCAACAGUUCAAACACCGAGCACUCAGAGUCACUCGAGCGAUGGCUCCACGAGAUGGCAGAAGGCAUGGACAACACCUCAGUGGUCUGUGUUGUAUGCAGAAACAAGAGUGACAAAGGGACACGCAUGCAAAACAAGGAAGUUGAAAGAUGGGUGGAUAUGCACAAAUUCUCACACUUUGUCGUCUCAGCCUGCAAUGGCACCGGCAUCCAUGAAAUGUUUCAGAGCCUGCUGUUGCAAGUUCUCAGAGUGCAAGACACCGGAAGAGACCCUGUAGCACUGUGGUCUUCUUGCAAUUACAGCAAAGAGGAGCUUCAAGCAGUCCACCAAGUGCGGUGGUCUCGGUCAGAGUACGAGAAGCUUGGUGUUGAUUCAAAGGCAUCUAGGGAUGACAUCAACAGGUCAUACCGGCGCCUAGCAGUCCUCCUGCACCCAGACAAGAGCACAGCACCUGGUUGCGAAGAAGCCUUCAAGAUGCUAGUGGCAGCGAGAACUGCUCUGCUGAAGCGUUUACUGCACUGAAAAGGCCUGCCAAAUAGUGCACUUACGAAUACCCUAGCAAGAAUGCCACACCCUGUGCCCAUCCUUUUGCGAGGAAGUUGCAUUAUUCAUCCUUGGCAGGAAACACGAGACUGGUUUCACUUAUCCAA